UCAGAGCAGUAACCCGACCCCCAGGCAGAGCGCUCCGGUCCCCCUCUGCCGCCACCGCUGCUGCUCCUCCUCCUCCUGCUUGAGCCUCUCUUCGCCCGGCCCGUCUCUCGGAGGCGCACAAAGCGGGGAAGGGAUGAGCGACAGAGCAGCCUCGCGAGGCUGGGGUAAGUGUGGACGCCUGUGUAAGUGUGAGGCCAUCAUGGUGGCAUUUAAAGGCAUCUGGACUCAGCCCUUCUGGAAAGCUGUUACGGCAGAAUUUAUGGCCAUGCUCAUUUUUGUGCUCCUCAGCCUUGGCUCUACAAUCAACUGGGGUGGAGCUGAGAAACCUCUGCCUGUGGACAUGGUCCUUAUUUCUCUCUGCUUUGGACUCAGCAUUGCAACAAUGGUGCAGUGCAUUGGGCACAUCAGUGGUGGCCAUAUUAACCCUGCAGUGACUAUUGCAAUGGUCUGUACUCGGAAGAUCAGCCUGGCCAAGUCAUUCUUCUACAUUGUAGCCCAGUGCCUUGGUGCCAUUGCAGGGGCAGGCAUUCUCUACCUUGUCACCCCCCGGAAGCUGGUAGGGAGUCUGGGAGUCACACAGGUACAUUCAGAACUUUCUGCUGGCCAUGGACUAGUGGUGGAGCUGAUAAUUACAUUCCAGCUGGUUUUUACUAUUUUUGCCAGCUGUGAUUCUAAGAGAAGUGAUGUCACUGGUUCAGUGGCAUUAGCAAUUGGACUAUCUGUUGCAAUAGGACACUUGUUUGCGAUCGGUUACACGGGUGCUAGCAUGAAUCCUGCUAGGUCAUUUGGACCUGCAGUUAUCAUGGGGAAAUGGGAAAAUCACUGGAUAUAUUGGGUGGGUCCAAUUAUAGGAGCAGUUCUUGCAGGUACCCUUUAUGAGUACGUCUAUUGUCCUGAUGAUGAAGUCAAGCGCCGAUUCAAAGAAGCCUUUAAUAAAACCAACCAGCCAUCCAAGGGGAAAUACAUUGAGGUAGAAGACACCCGGAGCCACAUAGAGACGGAUGAUUUGCUCCUGAAGCCUGGAAUAGUCCAUGUCAUUGACCUGGAGAGGGGUGACGAUAAGAAGGGACGAGACCCAACCAACGAAGUGCUGUCGUCAGUAUGACUAGCAAGGAGCACUGAAAGCAGAGAACAGCCUACUAGCAUGUCCACAGAUAGCCUUCCACCCAUAAAAGAGACAGAUCUAUUGUGAAAUAGGUACCUACGUCAGUUACAGUUUUUAGGGAGAUGGCAACAUCACAUUAGCUGAGUAAUUGGACUGUACUCCCAUCCCUUCGAAAUGGUAGCAGUUAACUAGGUUGAGAGACCUCACAGAUUAUUCCAAAUUCAUAAAUAUAUUUUGGGCAAUGGUCAUGUGGGAAAUCUCGGAUUUCCCUCUGCAUCCCGGGCAAUAUUUUGAACGAAGCAUUGAUUUUUAUGCAGGCUGUUAUGAGCACGAAAAAGUGAUCUCUGACAAUCAGAUAUGACAGAUGAAACUUAUCUGAAGAUGCCUAUAGUCACAGAAGGAAGUGUCUAUCAGAUUGUUCUUCUGACACUUAAUUGGUUGUUGUCAAUCCUGAUUAGAAUUUUAAUUACAAAGACUAUGGCAGACUGAGCAAUAACAGGGCCAGCAUGUAGGACAGAACAAAUCAUUUCAAAGCAUUGCCUUGUCCCCUUUUUCCCCUUUCUUCUAAACUAAUUCUUUCUCAUUUUUUUCCAUAUUACAUUUGGGAGAGUCAUAAUUCAGAGCACAAACAACUAGAAAGUGACACUUGCCAUUUGAAAGCUACACUCAUUCCCCAAAGCCCUCUCUUUAUGACUACAGAUCUUGAAAGUAAAGAUUAUCGUGCUUCCAAAAUAUCAUGGUAAAAACGUGCAUCAUUUUUGUUUUAUCCCUUCUUGAAAAAGUUCUUAAGUUAUUCACAUUCUACUGCUACAGCUAUAGAAGUCAAACAAGGACAUGUCUUGUAAAUGAUGCAAUUUUACUUCCUGAAAUGGAUGCAAUCCAAUGGAUGUUAAGCACUGCAAAUCAAUUUCAAUAUGAGACAUUCAAACACAUGCUUAACUUUCUGGUAGAGUCUUAAAAGAAGUAAAUUUUGCAAAUUAUACAUCUGCUAAAAGUAUGCAGGUGUAAGAUGUUAAAGGCUGGUCUGUUUUCAGUGCGCUUAUUCAGAAUUUUAUUAUGACAGUUUUAUAUAACUGUAAUCUUAAGUUACUUAACAAUUUUGCACAUUAUGUGAUUUUUAAAAGAUGGACAUAUAACAAACAGGAAUUUUAUUUAAACUACUGCUGGAAUAUACUUUGGUAACAGAUGAUUUGCUUUUGAGUACAUCAAUGCAAAUAACAUUUAUUUUAGAGAAGCUUCAAAUUCAAUGCACCUUUUAUAUACAAAGCAUUUUUGUGAAAAGAAAAGAUGCAAGUUGUGCAUAGAUUAUAUCACAUCCAGAGCCCUCUGACAUGUUUACUCUGCCUUGCCCACAUCCAGUGUACAUUUCUUUGAAAGCUAUAGUCAGCAGGAGUGUCUGCAAAUGCCAUGUGAUUGUUUUACUCAU